AUGCGGUUCUUCCUCGUCCCCAUCUCGACAAAACGAGCCUUUAUAUACUGUCGUCCUCCAAAAACAGUAAAUACCGGAUACGUCGAUCGUGCAACGAACAAAGCUGCUGAGAUAUGGGCAAAUUGGGAAAAAUCUGAGAAAGGCUGGAAGAAGCAACUCGUCAACUACGGACAUGUCAUCUUGCAAAGAAUACCCUACGAGGAAUGGGGUUUGAAAAGUAUACCUCCGCUCAAUGCCAGUCGCGAAAUCCAGGAAGCGCAGCAAAAACAGAAAAUGGAUGUGAUGUAUCCCAAGAAUGCGAUCAAGAGUGAAGAUGUGUUUGGUAUUUUGAGGAAAUUGGGCACAGAGCGUCAGGAAUUACAUCGGAGAAGGAUGUGGUGGUGUAUAGGGAUUGCGCCUUUAACUGCACCCAUUGCGAUCAUUCCUCUAGUACCGAAUAUUCCCUUCUUCUAUCUUGUAUAUCGAGCCUGGUCGCAUUGGCGUGCCUGGAGUGGUUCAAAGCAUCUCAUCCACCUCCUUGAUCUCAACUUGAUCAACCCUCAUGCAUUCCCUGAACUCGAAAAUUUCUACGCAACUCGACUUUCAAAAAAUGGAGUUCCAGCAUACCAGGAGAAAGACAAUAUUAAUAACUCGAAUGAACAUACCAAUAAAGAUGCCGAGACAAAUACUUCAACCUCUAAAGCUGACGCGCCUACCGAUGAACGACUACUUUUGGAGAUGAAAGAUGGCAAAGAACUGGGCGAGAUUCUAGAAACUCCAGCCAUAGCAAUCGAAGUGGAGCGCGCAGUUCUGCAGGUAGGGCAGAAGUUGAAGCUCGAAGAAGAGAAAAGGAAAGAAAAGAAAAGUCAUUAG